AUGUUUGGUAGUUGAACCCCACUUUCAACACUAAAAGGAGCAACCUGCUAUAGCAAGUAAAAUAGAGGGGUUCAUGGUUGGACCUCUUUUUUGGGGUUCAUAUUUGGGAGACCACAAUAUAAACUAUGAUUUCCAAUUGUAACCUCUAAUUAGUGUUAUAUGCCUCUCUCUUAAAUCAAUAUCUUCCACUUUGUAUUUAUAAUAAUAUUGGCAAACAGAUCAACACUUGAUGAAGUUAUUUUGGUAAAAUAUUCCUUUUGGUCAAAGGAAGUCACAACCUCCACAAGAGCUUAAGUUACAACAUAGUUUAAGCAGAAGCAGUAAAGAUGGAUAAUUUUUGGAGCAUAAUUUCUAGGGUCUGUGGUUUUGUUGAUAAUGGAGGAAAACCUUGGUUGUUGCAUGGACUCACUUGGUUGGUUGUAAGUUUAACUAUAAGUCUUCAGAUAAAACAAAUCACAAAAGCACUCAUAUUCUUAGUUUCUGGUAUAUUAUUAAGUGCUUUAUCCAUGUCUUUUACAGUAGGAAGUAGCGAACUGUCAUUCGAGGCAGUUUUAAAUGUUCUAUCUUUUUCAGGAGCAACUUUACUUCUGUUAUGCACAUACAAAGCAUGUAAAUGUAAAGAUGCUGACAGAGAAAUUAAUGAAACCCUAUAUGCUCCUUUAAAGGAAGUUGAUCCUAUAAUCAAUGUAACCCCAUUUUCCAAGGCUGGAUUCUUUAGUAAGAUUUCGUUUUGGUGGUUGAAUCCAUUGAUGAAAAGUGGUCAAGAGAAAACACUUCUAGACGAGGAUAUUCCAAAGUUAAGAGAGUUUGACCGAGCAAAAAGUUGUUAUUUAUCAUUUGUGGAACAGUUAAACAAACAAAAACAAAAUGAACCAUCAUCACAUUCGUCGGUGUUUUGGACAAUAAUUUUGUGCCAUCAGAGAGAGAUUUUGAUAACAGGACUAUUUGCUUUGCUCAAGGUACUCACGCUAUCUUGUGCUCCUCUACUUUUGAAUGAAUUUAUAUUGGUUGCUGAAGGUAAAAAAAGUUUCAAAUAUCAAGGUUACGUAUUGGCCGUAUCACUCUUGUUUAUAAAGAUCAUAGGAUCCCUAUCGCAAAGACAAUGGUAUUUCCGCAGUAGACUUGUUGGGAUGAAAGUUAGAUCACUACUUACUGCAGCCAUUUAUAAAAAAAUGUUAAGGCUAUCAAAUUCUGCUAGAUUGAUUCACUCUAGUGGCGAGAUAAUGAAUUAUAUGAUUGUGGAUGCUUAUAGAAUUGGAGAAUUUCCAUUUUGGUUUCAUAGGACUUGGACAACAAGCCUCCAAUUGUGUAUUACAUUGGUAAUUCUUUUCCGCACAAUUGGACUAGCAACACUAGCAUCAUUGACAGUGAUAAUUAUCACGGUACUUUACGAUGUUCCCCUAACAAAGUUAGAGAACAAGUUUAAAAGUCAUCUUAGGGUGGCACAAGAUGAGAGAUUAAAGGCUAGUUCUGAGGCUCUCGUAAAUAUGAAAGUGCUGAAGCUAUAUGCAUGGGAAACACAUUUUAAAAAUGUUAUAGAUAACUUACGAAAUGUGGAACUCAAAUUGUUAUCUGUUGUGCAAGUAAGAAAGGCGUACAUUGUCUUUCUCUUUUGGAUAUCACCGCUGUUGGUAUCUGCUGCUUCUUUUCUAGCAUGUUACUUCCUGAAAGUUCCUUUGCAUGCAAGUAAUGUUUUCACCUUUCUGGCAACUUUGCGCCUCGUUCAAGAACCAAUUUCAAGCAUUCCAGAUGUUAUUUCGGUGAUCAUUGAGGCAAAAGUUGCAUUCGCUCGGAUUGUUAAUUUUCUUGAGGCACCCGAACUGCAGAGAGAAAAUAUCAGGAAAAAGUGCUUCAAUCAUAACCUCAAAGACUUAAUUUCAAUAAAAUGUGCUGACUUUUCAUGGGAAGGUAAUGCAGAAAAACCAACCCUAAGGAACAUAAAUUUAGACGUUAGACAUGGGCAAAAGGUGGCUAUUUGUGGAGAAGUUGGCUCAGGAAAAUCAACCCUCAUAGGAACAAUUCUCGGAGAAGUUUCUAAAACAAAUGGAACGAUUGAUGUUCAUGGUAAAUUUGCAUAUGUUUCACAAACAGCAUGGAUACAAACAGGCACAAUACGUGAAAAUAUUUUGUUUGGAUCUGAAUUGGAUGAUCAAAUAUAUCAAGAAACACUUCAAAAGUCUUCACUGGUAAAGGACCUUGAGUUGCUUCCCUACGGUGACCUCACUGAAAUAGGUGAGAGAGGAGUUAAUUUAAGUGGAGGUCAAAAACAGCGAAUUCAACUAGCUCGCGCUCUUUAUCAGAAUGCUGAUAUAUAUCUAUUAGAUGAUCCAUUUAGCUCAGUUGAUGCACAUACUGCAAAAAAAUUGUUUAAUGAAUACAUCAUGGAAGGACUCAAAGAGAAAACAGUCAUACUUGUGACUCAUCAAGUUGAAUUCCUCCCAGCCUUUGAUUCUAUUUUGUUGAUGUCUAAUGGGGAAAUCCUACAAGUUGGUCCAUAUCACCAGCUAUUGACCUCGAGCCAAGAAUUCAAUGACCUUGUCAAUGCUCACAAAGAGACUAAUGGUUCUGAACAACUUGCAAGUGCUACUUUAUCCCAGAGACAUUCAACUUCCAGAAAGAGUAUGCAACCUUCUGUGUCGAAGAAGUAUAAAGCACAAUAUGGAAAUCAAUUAAUUCAGAAAGAAGAGAGAGAGAAAGGAGACACAGGAUUGAAGCCUUACUUACAAUAUCUAAAUCAGAUGAAAGGCUACAUAUUAUUCUUUACGGCUUUUCUAUCUCACCUAAUUUUUGUGGUUUGUCAGAUACUGCAAAACUCAUGGAUGGCUGCUAAUGUUGACAAUCCCCUUGUCAGCACAUUGCAGUUGAUUUUAGUUUAUUUCCUUAUCGGUGGUUUAUCAACCGUUUUUUUGCUCAGCAGAUGUCUACUCGUAGUUACUUUGGGUCUUCAAUCGUCAAAACAUUUAUUUUCACAGUUGAUGAACUCCCUCUUUCGUGCACCGAUGUCAUUUUAUGACUCUACACCAUUAGGAAGGGUACUUAGUAGGGUCUCAUCUGAUCUGAGCAUUAUGGAUCUUGAUUUGCCCUUUAGCCUCAGUUAUUCAGUGGGAGCCACUAUAAAUUUGUAUUCUACUCUUACAGUUUUAGCAGUUUUCACAUGGCAAGUCUUAAUUGUGGCUAUACCAAUGAUUUAUGUUGCUAUUCGCAUGCAGAAAUACUACUUUGCUUCAGCAAAAGAAGUAAUGAGGAUGAAUGGCACAACAAAGUCCUCAUUAGCUAAUCAUGUAAAUGAAACUGUUGCUGGAGCUGCAACAAUAAGGGCUUUUGAUGAGGAAGAUCAUUCUUUUGAGAAGAACCUUGAUCUAAUUGAUAUUAAUGCUAGUGCUUUAUUCCAUAGUUUUGCCUCAAAUGAGUGGUUAAUCCAACGGUUAGAAACAAUCAGUGCAGUUGUUCUUACCGCGGCAGCACUUUGCAUAGUUAUGUGCCCCCCUGGAACUUUCACCUCAGGAAUUAUUGCCAUGGCUUUAUCUUAUGGCCUUUCACUAAACAAUUCCUUAAUAUAUUCAAUUAAAAAUCAAUGCACUCUUGCAAAUCACGUAAUAUCAGUGGAGAGACUAAAUCAAUAUAUGCAUAUAGAAAGUGAGGCCGAAGAAAUAGUAGAAGGAAAUCGCCCUCCUCUGAAUUGGCCAGUUGCAGGCAAAGUAGAAAUAUAUGACUUGAAGAUUCGAUACAGACCCGACGGACCACUAGUACUUAAUGGGAUCACAUGCACAUUUAAAGAAGGGCACAAGAUUGGUAUUGUUGGAAGAACAGGCAGUGGGAAAUCGACUCUAAUUAGCGCUUUAUUUCGUCUUGUGGAACCAGCAGGAGGAAAAAUUAUAGUUGAUGGACUAGAUAUAUCAUCUAUUGGCCUUCAUGAUUUGAGGCUAAGUUUUGGGAUUAUACCUCAGGAUCCUACUCUCUUUAAUGGGACUGUAAAAUAUAAUUUGGACCCUUUAUCACAACACACAGAUCAAGAGAUAUGGGAGGUUCUUGGGAAGUGUCAGUUGCAAGAAGUUGUCCAAGGGAAAGAAGAGGGUUUAAACUCCUCAGUUUGUGAAGAUGGGUCAAAUUGGAGCAUGGGACAAAGACAGUUAUUUUGUUUGGCGCGUGCUCUUUUGAGGAAAAGUAGGAUAUUAGUGUUAGACGAAGCAACUGCAUCAAUUGAUAAUUCUACUGAUCUGGUUAUGCAGAAAACCAUUAGAACUGAGUUUGCAGAUUGUACCGUGAUCACAGUAGCGCACAGGAUACCAACUGUGAUGGAUUGCAGUAUGGUUCUUGCUAUAAGUGAUGGAAAACUGGCGGAGUAUGACGAGCCAAUGAACUUGAUGAAGAGAGAAGAAUCGUUGUUCAGGAAACUUGUCAAGGAAUACUGGUCUCAUUUUCAGUCUGCAGAAUCGCAUUGAUCUUUUUCUCUAGCACUAGCAAUAUAUCAAGAAAGUGAGCAGGAUGCAAAAUGUGUUUCUACAUUCUAGAGUUGGUUCGACUGGGAAGAGAGCACAUGUGACAAAGACUGAGUGGGAAGGAAGAUUCUAGAAUUAGGUAAAUAGAGGGUGAGGCAGUGG